GAAGGCCGCAGUGAAAGGGCCGCUGCGGCCUGCUGCGCUCCGGGGGUCCGCAGAGCCUCCUGCGCCCGCAUCCUCGCCGGCCUGCUUUCCCCUCCCCCAUGGGCCGGUUUUGUUCUAUUUCGAGGCUCUGGCGGCUCGCGGAGGAUUCUGGGAGACGCUCGAGCCAAGCGGGAUCCGGCGGUUCUCGCGCGCGACCUGCUGGGAUUUGUAGUCCCGCCGGUCCCGGGCGGAAGUGCCUGUCCUGUGUGGCCGGGUGGUUCUGGGGCCUCUGCGGCCCUUCCUGGUGAAUGCUGGGAAGAGGACGUCGGAGUUGUUGGGGCAGGCUGUGCUCGGCGCUGUGAGGCGGAGGUCCCUGAAGACCAGGAUCCCGCCGAGUGCCGGACGGCGUUCCUCUACAUCCAACUAGCUUGGUGCAGUACAAAGUAAAAGAAAAAGCAGGAGUACUUUUGAGGAAAACAGGGUAUUUCUCUGAGGCCUAUACCUUUCUUGAAGUAUUGUAACAGGAUGUCUGCACAGUCAGUGGAAGAAGAGUCAAUACUUAUCAUCCCAAAUCCAGACGAAGAAGAAAAACUUCUGAGAGUGAAGCUAGAGGAGGAUCCUGACGGCGAAGCGGGAUCGAGCCUUCCCUGGCACCGUCUCCCUGAGCCAGAGGCUUUCCGGCAGCGCUUCAGGCAGUUCGGCUACCAGGACUCACCGGGACCCAGAGAGGCGGUAAGCCAGCUCCGAGAGCUCUGCCGCCUGUGGCUCAGGCCAGAGACGCACACAAAGGAGCAGAUUCUGGAGCUGGUGGUUUUGGAGCAGUUUGUUGCCAUCCUACCCAAGGAGCUCCAGACGUGGGUUCGAGAGCAUCACCCAGAGAAUGGAGAGGAGGCAGUGACUGUUCUGGAGGACUUGGAGAGUGAGCUCGAUGACCCUGGACAGCCGGUUUCUCUCCGUCGACGGAAACGGGAAGUACUUGUAGAAGAAGCAGCAUCUCAAGAAGACGCUCAGGGAUUACCGAAUUCUGAGCUUGAUGCUGUAGAGAACCAGCUCAAGUGGGCCUCCUGGGAACUCCACUCUCUGAGGCGCUGUGAUGAUGAUGCCACGACAGAAAAUGGAGCACUGGCUCCAAAGCAGGAGAUGGCUUCAGCGGGCGAGCCUCACGAUGUCCCCGGCACGCUCAGUAUAGGUGUUCCCCAGAUUUAUAAAUACGGAGAAACCUGUUUUCCCAAGGGCAGGUUUGAAAGAAAGAGAAAUCCUUCUAGAAAGAAACAACACAUAUGUGACGAAUGUGGGAAACACUUCAGUCAGGGCUCCGCCCUCAUUCUUCAUCAGAGAAUCCACAGUGGGGAGAAACCGUAUGGAUGUGUUGAAUGUGGAAAAGCCUUCAGCAGAAGCUCCAUCCUGGUGCAACACCAGAGAGUCCAUACUGGAGAAAAACCUUACAAAUGUCUUGAAUGUGGGAAAGCCUUUAGCCAGAAUUCUGGGCUCAUUAAUCAUCAGCGAAUCCACACCGGGGAGAAACCUUAUGAAUGUGUUCAGUGUGGGAAAUCCUAUAGUCAAAGCUCAAACCUUUUUAGACAUCAGAGAAGACACAAUGCAGAAAAACUUUUGAAUGUUGUGAAGGUUUAAGAAAUUAGAAGGAAACAAUCAGCACUCAGGUCUUUUUCUUCAGAAAUGAAGACAAAAUUAAAAACAUGAAGAGAUAAUGGAAACUAUUUUUCCCUGUUGACUGGGAAAAUCCACUGGGAAAUAGAAAAAAAAAUCUUCAUUCACCAUUAUUAUCUUGAAAGAAAUGGUGUUAUACCUGCCUAGAAACUGAAAUUUUAAAUAAUUCAGGUGUUAAUACCUAAAAUUUCCAUGUGGUGUUUAUAUUCUCUUUUUUCCUCUCCAGUAAUGAGCUACCUGGUUCCCUGUCCCUUUCCUUUUGAGACAGCUCCUUUAUUUCUGUGUUGGUCAUUGGAGUGUUGUUCUGUAAGGGUGCACACCUUUUUAUUUUAAAAGGCAACACAGGAAUUGUAAAAUCUAAAAGCCCAUCUUCAAGAUUUAGAAACAUCCUUGAAAGCUUAGUUUCCUUUUGUUCAGGUUGAGUAUAUUUGAGAAAAUAGAAGAUAAAGGCCAAAGCCUCAGAGUCAGAUGAGCCUUAAGAUCUCAGGUGACAGAUGGUAGCAAAAGAGUGGAGGGACACACUGGGGAGUCACCCCUGUCGCCUAAGUACAGUCAUCCUGUAGGGAAACCUGAAGAGAAAAGUGAUUUUACCUGCCUUGUGGGAAUCUUACUAGUUAAAAUGGUUUUCCUGUGCAAACACAGACUAGUUGUAAAGUGAUGGUAAGUCAGACACUAAGGAAGAGUGUAGUGAUGUUGAAAUGCAAAUGUAAAAUUAAGGUAAUUAUAUGACAUGGCUUUUAGAAAAACUCAAACAUCUAACUCACUUUACCUCAUCCUAGUUAAGGACAGGACAUUCCUUGAUGGGGUAGGUUAACAAUAUCAGGUUUGCUAUUUUUAUUCCUUUGGUACAAAAGGGUUGAACACCAGGCUAAAACAGCCAUACAUUUAUUAUUAAACAUUUCUACCGACAAUGCACUGUGCUGGGUACUGUAAUCCUACCGUAAGUAGGUAGGUAUUUGUUCCACUGUAAGUCAUAGGGGUUUCCCCAUCAGCAUUCCCAGGUCACCCCUGAGAGCCCUAGAGUUGUAGUUCUCUUGCUAGUGUGUUGUGUUUGGAGGGAGAUGUUGGCUCAGAGCGCUAGCUAGUCAGCUCCUAGUGGUCUUCAGAGGUGAGCUUGAAAUACACUCUUUUAGUUUGAAAGUUAAUGAAUCCUAAAAAUCCAAACAUCAUUUCUAGUAGCAUUGUGGUUGUAACUACACAUUGAAUGGACUGUACUUUAAACAACUAAGCUAUUAAUAACUAGUUUAUUAACUGUCAGAAUUGAUUUUUUUUUAAUUUACAGUCUUAACGCAUUUUUUAAAAAUUAUUAAAAGUAAUACAUUCUAGUAGUAGGAUUCUGUAUGCCUUGGCUAAGAAUCCAAGUACUGUGGUUCUACUGUUUAAUGGAAAACUCUGGAAGUUAAAGCAUUGGGUAAGAGAAGAGGCUUUUUUUUAAUGUAAUACAGGCAUUGUUACAUGGAAAAUUAUCCAUGCAAGUACAACUAUUUCAUAGUUCCAGUGAUUUGGGUCCUAUCUGGUGCUUUGUCAAAUCUUAACGUGAAAAGUGAGAUUUUUGCCUGAGCCUGUUGAGAAGCAGUAUAAAUGCCGCACAGCCAGUGGAGUGAGGCCGUGUGAAGCUCCGUCAUGAUUUUCUGAUAACAGUUAUAAGAAAUGUGCUUUAUAGAUUAAGAUUUAUUGAAGUAUAAAUAUGUAGUAAUGCUAUAAUGUAUUUUUAAGUUAUACAAGAAAAUGUAGGGACUUUUGUUUGGGUUUUUCUCUGGCUGAGAGGAAACAAGUUAAUGUCCAAUAAAGCUGCAAACUCCUCUGCUCCAAGGUCAAGUGGCUCGGAAUCGCCUGACUGACUUAGCAACGACUGAUUCUUUUGCAGUAGGAUUUUUGAGGUGGCACAUUUCUAUAAAGCCUGCAGGGGUGGCAGAACUCUUAGGGUAGGUAAAGGGGGAGGAACCUCUGGGUGGGAUGUCAGUCUUCACAGUUUUAGGAUAGAUUUGUCUUGAAGGCCAAAGCUGCUGAGUGAUGUGAAAGCACACUAGGUAGCAUUGGAGUGGUGAACGCGGGAGGUCUGUCAGCUCUGACCCCGUUGCUGUUGAGAAGGAGGCUCAGACAACGCUCUGUGGGGUUAGGGGACUAGACUAAAACCCUGGUGGUGUACAGGAAAAGGAAGCGAUGAGGUUUGUAUUUAACUGACUCUGCUUAACAAAUUAAUUUACAGUUAGUGAUUCAGACCUAUUCUGACACAUAUUUUGGGGGUACACGGUAAUGAAGUAGGCUUGUAGCAGGUGCCAAGCAGUGGUCUAGCCUGCACCUUCUGGUUAGCAGUUCUGCUAAGGCAUGCAUACUAACCGGCCCAGCAGGCUGUGGAGUGGUUUUUAGUGAUUUUAAAUAAUCACACCUAGUUGAUGUUUGACCACUGCAGCCUAUCUUACACCUGUGUGAGCUUAGGGGGUGUUUUCUAUACUCAACAAUGUGCUUGCUAAGCAUUGGAUUGGCAUACCUAAUCUUACCUAGAUCUGUGGACUAGAAAAACAAGACCCAAAGAUCACGUGUCUUGGACUUGGCAGGGCUAAAACUCACAAGGCCAGGGUUUUUGAUUGAUCUGGUGAGAGUGAUGGCAUUCAAGUCCUGCUAAGUAAGUACUACAACUUUUUCUUUUCUAGUUAACAAACUUGAAAAGCUAUUACAUAUGCCUAUUUGAAUUUUUCACAAUGCAAAAACAAAAGAUGAAAAAAGACAUCAGAUUGAGCCCAAAAAAGUGACAGUCUGAUUUAUUAUCCUUCCCAACUUACACAUUUAAGCAAACAUCUUUUAAAAUAACAGCUGACCUUUGGGAUUGAGUACAGGCACCCACUGCAGUGCUUCACUGUGCUUUAAUCCUCUGCAAAUCUGAGGCAGUAACAUCUCCAUUGCACAUCUGUAGUGAGACUUGCUUUCACUCCCCACACUGAUGUGGACAUUUUCAUAGCUGCAUAGUAUUCCAUUGCAUGAAAACAGUCCAUCUAAGCAACCCUGUAGUGAUGGGUUAGUAGAUAUUUUUAUGCAUAAUAGAUAUGGCUAACAUCUAUAGACAUACAUUUACUAUCUAUGUAGCUGUGUCUGUAACAGAAAUAACUAGAAAUGGAUUUAUUGGCUCAUAAAAUACAUAUUUGAUAUUUGGGAGGGAACUACAACUUGUGCUGAUAACUCCGUUGGUUGGAGUGCCUGUUCACUGCCCUCCCCCUCCCCUCUGGGCCGCCCAUCCUAGAGGCCAGUGCUUUCUUUUCUUUUUUUUUUUGUUGCACCUUUAUUAGUAAGAUGGAACAUUUUUUUGUUUAUUGGCUAUUUUUAUGUCAUCUGGCCUUGCUCAUUUCUUUUAAUUAUGAAAGUAUAAAUUACUUUCAUAAUUAUUAUAGUUAAUACCAUAUAAAACUAAAGAUAGACAAGUGUAAGCACAGAGACUGUUUUCUUCAGGGCUUCUGGCUGCUGCCACUUUCCAGUGAGCUGUACAUCCAGGUGCAGUUUCUACACAUUGCUAUGUGAACAUGCAGAAGUGUGGACACUUGAAAUAAACAGGAUUAUAUAGGAAUUUCAAGAUAUCUUUGUAUAAAUAUCCUGGUAUUUAAAUUCCUGUAAGUUACAUGGUUAGCUAUUAGAGACUCAACUUAGUCAUCAGUGUAAUCUUCGCCAACUGAAGAGUGCUCAUUUCCCCACAUAGCCUUACUGACACCUUACAAAUACCUUAACUGUUUGGGACAAGUAUAGAGAAAAAAGAAACUUCCUCACUUGCAUUUACCUGAUGAAUAAUGAAGUUGGAGUUCUUUACAAUUCCCCAAGAGUGGGUUGGUCAUUCACAACUUCUACUGUCUUUGUGUUGGGUUAUGUAUGGGUGUCUGGUCUGCAUUUCUCUCCUCAUUUAUGCUAACAGUAUCUGUAUUUAUUGAUAACCCAUCCCAUAUGGCUUUGGUGAGCACGCGGGCAGACCUGGCAUGAGCCAUACAGCGUCCUAACCACAGUGGUUAGAGAGUAGGGAAUACAGUUCAAAGCAGGCUAGGGGCAGUGCUCCACAACCGCAACCACUGGCAAGAAGGUUUCAGAGACACUGGAGACCCAAGGAUGAUGUGAGCCUGCAUUCUUACUAUAUGGAGAAAAUAUUGGAGGAGAAAUUCAGGCCAGCAGGGAUGGCGAGAAAACUUAAGUUCUGAUAUUUUUCUGGGAGCCCUAGAUCCAGAUGUGCCUAAAGCCUGCCCUACCUCUGGACUUUAAAGUUUUUCGAGCCAAUAAAGUCCCUUUCUUGUUUAA